AUGGACGACCUGCGGGUGCUGUGGAUGCGCGACCGCGUGUACGCGGCCUUCGGCAUCACAGACCCCCGGCUCUUCGAGGAGCUGCUCAACCGCAACGACGGCGAGGUCGAGGACCUCAUCCUGCACUUCCUCAACCAGACCAGUGAUGAGGAGGGCGCCUUGACGCUCUUCUUUUACCGCAAGGUGGUGCCCGAAGAGGUGGAGGUGGAGAUCGGCGGUCAAGAGGGCGACGUGCCGGUGGCGACCGAGGAGGAAGGCGAGGAGGAAGAGGAGGACGCUCAGAAAGUAGAGUCGGGGCGUGAGUCAGAGAUGAUCUCCGAGGCUACAGACAUGAAGGAAGCCAUGGAGAUCAUGCCCGAGAUGCUGGAGUACGGAAUUAUCAAUUCUAACGUGCUUCCCUUUCUGAAGAAUGUCGUAUGUCAGGUUUUCAUGCCGGCUUUGUCCUUCAAUCAACACAAGGACGCCUCCCUGGGAUUCACAUCUGCAGAAAUCUCUGACUCUUUCGAGUAUGAAGUGGACCUACCCAACAUGCCCGGGGAAGCCUAUCACAGCAUUCAGUUGAUACGGGAUGAAUUUUUAAUGAACAUCCAGAAAUUUGCGAACAGUAUUCAAAGAACAAUGCAGCAACUUGAAGGUGAGAUCAAGUUAGAAAUGCCAAGCAUCAGCCUAGAGAGAGAGGUGUCUGACCUGGCCGCUGACCCGGAAGCCAUUGAAAUCUUAGAGCAGUGUGUGAUAAACUGGUUGAAUCUGAUAUCUGCAGCUGUCGAGGGCCAACUGAAAAAGACUCCUCAGGGUAAUGGUCCUCUGGCCGAAAUUGAAUUCUGGCGGGAAAGAAAUGCAACGCUGAGUGCACUCCACGAACAGACGAAGCUUCCAAUAGUCAGGAGAGUCUUGGAUGUGAUCAAGGAGUCCGAUUCCAUGCUCGCGGCUAACCUGCAGCCGGUCUUAACUGAAUUAUUCAAGCUCCACAUGGAGGCCUCAGACAACGUGCGGUUUCUGUCCACAGUGGAACGCCAUUUCAAGAACAUCACGCAUGGAUCCAGCUUCCACGUCAUCUUGGAGACAAUCCCCUCCAUGAUGAGUGCCCUGAGGAUGGUGUGGAUCAUCUCCCGACACUACAACAAAGACGAAAGGAUGAUCCCACUCAUGGAGCGGAUUGCCUGGGAAAUUGCCGAGAGAGUCUGCAAAGUGGUUAAUUUGCGGACUUUGUUCAAAGAAAAUCGAGCCAGCGCCCAGCACAAAAUCUUGGAGGCCAGGAACACCCUCCACAUGUGGAAAAAGGCCUAUUUUGACACCAGGGCCAAGAUCGAGGCUUCAGGGAGAGAAGCUCGGUGGGAGUUUGACCGAAAGCGGCUGUUUGAGAGAACGGAUUACAUGGCCACCAUCUGCCAGGAUCUCUGCGACAUUUUGCAGGUUAUGGAGGAAUUUUACAAUAUAUUUGGUCCCGAACUAAAGGCAGUGACAGGGGAUCCCAAGCGCAUCGAUGAUGUCCUGUGCAGGGUGGACAGCCUGGUCACCCCGAUGGAAAACCUGGCCUUUGACCCCUUCAGCAUCAAGUCUUCCCAGUACUGGAAAUACGUGAUGGAUGACUUUAAGAUUGAAGUUCUGGUUAUUGAGAAAGAAGCAAAAAAUUUUAUUGAUGAAUCUUUCAAGACACUUCGGUCAGCUGAAGCAGCAUUCGACAUGCUUUUAAAAUUUAAGCAUAUUCGUUCACGGGAAGCUAUCAAUCGACAAAUGAUGAUGAAAUUUAAUGAUAUCCUUGCACAGUAUUGCAAAGAGAUCGACAUAGUUAAUAAACUCUUUGUUCAGAACCUGGACAACCCACCAUUGUACAAGAAUCACCCUCCAGUAGCAGGUGCAAUCUACUGGGAACGGUCCCUGUUCUUUCGGAUGAAGCACACCAUUCUCAGGUUUCAGGAAGUGGAGGAAAUACUGGACAGCGACCGAGGAAGAGAAAUAAAACAAAAGUACUUGGAAGUGGGUAGGACAAUGAAGGACUAUGAGGACAGAAAGUACGAGCAGUGGAGAGAGGCCACGGAGCUGGUCCUGCCCACUCUCAUGAAGAAAAGUCUGCUCACUAAG